UUGAAAUUACCCAUCAUGGCUCCCAAGACAAAGAAAGCCCCUGCUCCCCAGGAGAACGUCACGCUUGGACCAAAUGUUCCAGAAGGCACUCUUGUCUUUGGAGUCGCGCGAAUCUUCGCGUCCUUCAAUGACACCUUUGUCCACAUUACCGAUCUCUCCGGCCGCGAGACGAUCAGCAGAGUUACUGGGGGCAUGAAGGUAAAGGCUGAUCGUGACGAGUCUUCGCCGUAUGCUGCUAUGUUGGCGGCGCAGGACGUUGCUGCCCGGUGCAAAGAAGUCGGUAUCACCGCGCUUCACAUCAAGAUUCGCGCUACCGGCGGAAACCGCACUAAGACGCCCGGCCCUGGUGCCCAAUCCGCGCUUCGUGCCCUCGCUCGUGCUGGAAUGAGGAUCGGACGUAUCGAGGACGUUACGCCAACUCCGUCUGACUCCACUCGCAAGAAGGGAGGUCGAAGAGGUCGCAGGCUCUGAACAGCAUAUUGACCUGCGUUUCAUCUCGGUGGGGUUUUGGGAUGGGCUAAACCUAGCACAAUACAGUGGUGAUAGCGAAUAGGAAAGAAAGUCCCAUCAAGCGGGAGGUGGAAGACGCUCCUACGUCAUUGUGGUAGCUUCACCAGGCGUCAAUAUCAAUCUAAUACCUGCUCGAUGCUAACCACUCGUUCUGUACGGCCGAUUUCUUGACCUGU